CCGUUGCGCUGUGAGGGGGGAGCGCCGCCAUCGCUCUCCAGCGGCCGCUCCGUGCCCCCGCUCCCCACCUCUUCUUCAAAGAGAGCCCCGUUUUGCGACCCCCUCGCACCGAGGGAAAAGUGUGAAGUCUUUCUGGAGUCAUGGCUGAAGCUGACAUCAAACCAAAAUCUAUACAUGGUGCCAAAAAAUGGUCAGCUGAUGUAGAGAACUUAUACAGAUUUCAGCUAGCUGGAUACAGAGAUGAGGUUGAAUAUAAGCAAGUAAAACAAGUUGAUACGGUAGAGCGUUGGCCAGAAACUGGAUUUGUUAAGAAACUUCAGAGAAGGGACAAUACAUUCAAUUAUUACGAUAAGCAAAGAGAAUGCGAAGACAAAGAAGUCCAUAAAGUGAAAAUUUAUGUGUAUUAGUUUUGUUAGUGUUCUAAUUUAUUGUUUAGUUAGUGUUCUAAUGUAUUGUUAGUGUUCUAAUGUAUUGUUUUAUAAAUCUCUUCGUUAGAAUCUGUAAGUAAUUAAGAUUCAUGUAAUCUGACUUACCUUAAGUAUCAAUGCCAUUCUUGGACAGAAGGGGGGCAAUACAGGAAUUGUUGAGAAGCCUCAUAUUAUAGACAUAGGAAUUUCAUUUUUUGUCCUCUUCUAACUAAAAGUCUCAUUAUCUCUCAUUUUCCUACUGACAAACAUUUUGGUUUAACUGUGUAUAAAGUCCAUUAUAAGUACAGGCAUCAAUCUUUAUUCGAAAUAAGAGAAUCCUGUUGACACAGGCCAACAUCAGCCCCAGUCUCUUGGUACAACUAAGGGUUGUGAGACCACUAAGGGCCCAAGUCAGGCCAAAAGGCUAAAGCUGCCCUGGAGAACAGCAAGAGCAAGCAGGGAAUUUCCUGAAGGCCACCCAAAAAUUGAGUAGCAAGGACCAGUGCUAAGCUGCAGAUUUAAAAACUAGGUAUUGGGAUAGAAACAGUCACCACAAAAAUGUCUUUCUGAGCAAUAGAUAAGGUAUGCUUAAAGUGUUUUUGUCAGGUGCAAGUAUUAAUUACUUGAAGAGGAAGUAUUAAUUGACUUGGUAGCAUAUGCCUUUUAUGGAGGUGGAAAAAAAAGAUUGGGGAUUUACAGUGGUUUCAAGUGGUGUAAAAUUGCAGGUCGAACGUGAAACCCAUGGCAAGUAAUACCUAUGUCUAGGUAGCUUACAUAGAUGAUGUGGGAUUUCUGGGCAGAAUUAAUCUCAUCUAAACUUCAAAUACAAUUGUCAACAUCUACACCUGAUCUUGUCAUUUGGACUCCUUUUGUUCUGAGUGGAGAGAAGUUGACUCUUCUGGGGACAAUUAAUUUCUUCUAAAUGUAGAUAUGUAAUGUUUGCUUUGAACAUGUUGCUGUGCCAUCAGCUCUGCAGAAUCUGUCCAGACGUGUGCUCCAACUCUGCGACACCUCCUGAACAUGAGGUGUCAUACUUGCCUUCGCUCAUUGGGCAAUUUAAAUAAAAUGCUUUAAGAUGCCAAAACUCUUUAGAUGAUUGGCCUGGUGAACAGAUUAUUAUCUAAACCAGUAGGUUUCUUCAUGGUAGUUACACAAAAACGUUAUUAAUGUCUCCUGCCUGUAGAGCAUAAAGCAAAGGGGUAUCUAAAUUAAGUUUUAGGUAUGAAUUAGCAGCCUACACUUGACCAUCUGUCUUAAGGACAUUCUUCAUUUGAACUUAAGACGGUGGCCAACUCAGGGUGUGAAACAGAGGAGUUACAGCUCCAAGCCAAAAGGAGUCGUGAGGUGCAAUAUUCAAAAGAUCUCAUUGACAGUAGGUGACGAUGAUCUCUCCACCUUAUUUAGACCACUUGGAAAUGUCUCGCUUAAAUCUGUCUGAGCUCUGUUAGAGGUAUGACUGGUGGUAUGGUGAAAGCCUUUUUA